GACACUCUUUCCGCCUUUCCUCCUCUCUUUCUUCUCUCAUACUCUCCGUCAAAUGGGAUUAUUGCCACACUCGCUGCUACUGCUUCUACUCUCUAUACCCCUCCAGACUGCUGCAGCAGGACUCGGAACGGUGCCUAUCAAUGGCACUUGCAACAUCCUCAACAACGGGCUCGAUCCCGACACGCAUCGGUUUGUGACGGACUGCGACGCUACGGGCUAUUGCACCGCGCAGGGAACUUGUCAACCGAAAGGGUGUAGACGAGACGUGUUCGCGUUUGGAUAUGGGUCGACCCCACAACCGCCUUUUUGCCCCGAUGGUACUUUCUGUCCUGAUGAGGAGGAUGCGUGUCAACCGCUUCUUGCGGUCGGGAAGCCUUGUCAGCUAGAUAGAGACGAUGAGUGUGCCCCACCUCCAAACUGGCAAGACCUCUCCUCGUCCAUGAACUCGAAUGGAUCUAUAUGCCUGUCCUUCGUCUGCCAGUAUCAGAAUGCGACGCUCGGCUCUGCGUGCAUGGUCGAAAAUGUGGCAUAUACAGGAUUCGAAUCUUCCGGGGCGACGUUCGUGCAGGUUGUGUCGCGCGAUAAUUGCAAGACGCCGCAAUACUAUUGUGAUGGUGUGCAGAGGGUAUGCUUGCAUGUGAAGCCUGUUGGACAGGCAUGUACGGGGAAUAAGGAGUGCGGUUCGUACCACUGUGAGAAUGGUGUCUGUGACUUGGCACCAGGUGUUCCACGCGAGGUGUCAGCAUGGGAGUACGUGGUCACUGGUAUAGGAAUCCUCGCUGUCAUGACUGGCACGUUGGUCGGUCUUUGGAUUCUCCAUCGCCGACAACGCGACAGUCGACGAGCCGAGAUCGCUGCGUAUUGGAGAGAACAAACAAGCUACCGCAACUCGCUCUUUGCGUUGCAUCAUGCCCAUCCAACCCUCUCACGGCCCAACACCAUGUAUGCACUUGCCCCGACGACACCUAGUGUGUCGUCCUUUACGGACACGGACACGCUGCGAGGUCGAGAAGGCUGGACCAUGUCCAGUGAAGAGAGUAAGGUUGAUUUGGUCGGCGGCUCAACGGUGGUUGUGACACCUGCUGAUGAUGGGAAAGCGACUGUUAAAGAGACAGGGCCAGAGAAGCGCAGGGAUUGGACUGCUUUGAUUUGAACAUUGUAUCUAAAUGACCAUGACCUUUCUUUAUUUAUGUUUCUAAUGA